UGGGGUAAAACGUCUUUGAAAUGCCUGUACUGGUGCCAAUAGCUGUAAUGAUGUUAAUGCGAGGGUGGUAUGUAAUACAUGAGACUAUAAGGGGGUCUUGUGAAUUACUAGCCACACCGCCCCAGCCCGAGACAGUAGGACAUUGCUCUAACAAGGGUGGAGCUACGGGUGGGACCUUCUCCUAUCAUCAUGGGACAUCAUUGACUAUAAGGGCUGAGGGUGCGAGAGAGAGAAGUAGUUGCAUCGCCCAGACCAUUGGUGACCAGAGAGAAAUAGUCCAAAAAGUGAAUUAAAGGGCAGUUUCGGGAUCGAUGACGAGGAGGGGGGAGAGAGAUCGUACCAGCGGGCACCAAAGAGUGGGCGUAACACAAGCAAUUUGGGGUGAGCGCCAGAGGAGGAAUUUGACACAGCUGUUCCCUUGCAGAAGGUGCUGUGUUUCAUCUCAGCAGCCGAAUAAUGGACUUCACAACCAUGUCUGGACAAGAACCCAUCACCCAGUACUCUGAUCCUGCACUCGGACGCAGCAAUGAGGAACAAGACUUCUUCUACAACAUGGGUAGCGAUGGCAGCCCAUCCCAGUAUGGAGUAGCUGUGACCAGUCGUGCGGUAACAGGGUUCCGCCACUCUCCAGUUCUUCAGACGUUCCCUUCUCCCUGGCCGGAGAGCAGUUCUGGAUUCCCCCACAGUCUGGUCACUUAUGGAAGAAGCUCUGGGCCAUUUCCCCUCUACACGUCAGGUGCCUCACCAUUAGCGCCGCUCUCCUCUCCCCCUUUAUACUCAUCGGUACCAUUCCUGCUGAGCCCAUCUGAACGUGAAGGAAGCCCCAAAUUUCUGGAGACUUUAAAGACAGAGAGGAUGAGCCCCUUGACCAGUGAUCUCAUGACACUGGAAACAAGAAGCCCCAACAGUCAAGCUGUAGCCCAGAUGGGAUACAUAGCAACAGUGCAGGACUUUAAUAGCCAGUUCCAGUCAACAGAGGAUCGCGAGUGUGUGAACUGCGGAGCAACGGUGACUCCCCUGUGGAGGCGAGAUGUCAGUGGCCACUACUUGUGUAACGCCUGCGGUCUGUAUCACAAGAUGAAUGGGCAGAAUCGCCCGCUGAUACGACCGAAGAAACGACUGAUUGUCAGCAAGAGAGCCGGGACCCAGUGCAGCAACUGUCAUACCAGCACCACUACCCUCUGGAGACGCAACGUGAACGGGGAUCCCGUGUGCAACGCCUGCGGCCUGUACUACAAGCUACACAAUGUGAACCGCCCUUUGGCGAUGAAGAAGGACGGGAUCCAGACACGUAACCGCAAAGUGAGCAGCAAGUCCAAGAAGAAGAAGCAGCAGCUGGCAGAGGACGGCUCCCUGGAUCCCCUGAGGAUCAUCCCGGAUGAUCAAGCCAUGUAUUCAUUUGGAUCCAUCUUUAUGCCCGGCCAGAUACCCUCAAUGGGGCACCUGAUGCCCUGCACCCCUCCGCAUCACCUGAUGACAGCUCCCAGGAUCCAUCACUCGCCCCCGCAUCUCAGUUACCGGCCGCAUAUGGGUCCGGGGGUCGCACAGGCCCUCGGCUAAAAAGGGCAUUCUGUACAACUGGUCUACAGAGACGGCGCCAUACUGAUUCUCGAUUCUCCUGCAGGAAUUCCACCCCUGUAUCUCUGACCAGGACGGGCGUGGUAUGGAAGGUAGAUAGUGUUUGGUCGACCACUAUUGGUCUACAGCAACUAGGUCGACAGGGAUGAUAGGUCGACAUGUUCUAGGUCGACAGGUCAAAAGGUCGACAUGAGUUUUUUAUGUUUUUUGGUGUUGUUUUGUCCGUACGGUGACCGGAAACCCCAAUUAGUGCACGGCUCACUUCGCUCGUCAUGCUUCGGGCAAGGUGUAGUACGCGUGGAUCGUUAAGUAUGAAAAAGUGCAUGUCGACCUAGAAACCCUGUCGACCUAGUUACUGUCGACCAACAGUGGUCGACCUAGAUAGUGUCGACCUAGUUGCUGUCGACCUAGAGACCGGAUCCCAGCCAGGACACCCUCAGAUACCAAUCCUUCCAGUCAUCUCUGGCAGCUCAUGGAAGAUAGAUAAUAACCUAUAACAUACGCCAUUUUCCUGGAGCCCACCGGACAUUCCACCCCUGUUAGACUCUUUCGGCCUCACCAGAGACAUUCAUUAUAUAUAUAUGAUCUGUUUUAUGUACAUUUUUACUGAACAAUAUUUUAUAAAAAUGUUCAAUAAAGACGUGCGUAUUUUACUCA